AUGCUUAGUUCCCGUCGAACCGGAUACCUUCGCACAGCAUCAUACGCUGCUAUAUUCACUGGAGUUGGUACCUCUGUCUACUGGCUUUAUACUCGUAGAAAUUUAUCGGCCAGUCCUGGUGCUCCUUCCUUUGACAUUCGCAUACGACAACGCACACCAGACGGACACACCGUGAUGGCAACAAAAUCCAUAUCACGUCUUCCCUCUAAUGGCAUCGAAGCUCGGCUUACGGCGAACGCCAAAAGUGAAUCAAUUUCCCGACCCUAUGGGGUGACGUGGAGACAUGCGACCGCAUCACUCAAUUCAAACGAUCCGAUCGAGGACGCGAAUGCACAGCUAAUACUGCGAAAAGACCAGAAAGCUAACGGAGGGGAAUCCCGUAACCUUGGAGCCGCGGGAGAUCUCCUGUUCUUUGCUGUUAUGGAUGGGCAUGCGGGUCCUCAUACCUCCCGGUUACUCGCGAAAGCACUCAUACCUGCUGUAGCACUUGAGCUUUCUACCCUCGAUCGAGCGUCGAUCGAGCUAAGGGGGGUCGACUCACUAGAUAAAUCUCAGGAGAGUUAUCUGACAACUGCGUGGUCCUAUUUUCAAGCACUUGUUCCCUUUUCCAGGCGCUUUUCGUCACACGUCCCAUCCGAAGAUCCCAAAUAUAUACAACUUGCUAUUCAAACUGCAUUUGCCAACUUGGAUUCGGAGAUCAUCAACGCCCCGAGUCGGAUACUCGAAAUGCUCGAGUCCAAAGCGGACAUGAAACCUUGGGAGCAUCCAAUGGCAGCGGCCAGUAUGUUGCCUGCUCUCUCUGGGUCUUGCGCCCUUCUGGCUGUUCUGGACACUGGGCGUCGUGACCUUCACGUUGCGGUGACCGGUGACUCUCGAGCAGUCGCAGGGUACUGGGAUGAGGAUUCGAAUGGCCAAGGUAAAUGGAGAGUAGAAGUACUAACAGAAGACCAAACAGGUCGAAACAUUAAUGAGUACCAUCGAAUGGUUAAAGAGCAUCCCCCGGAUGAGGCGUCGUAUGUCAUCCAACGAGGGCGAGUUUUGGGGGGACUUGAGCCUACCAGGGCCUUCGGAGACGCAAAUUACAAGUGGCCGAAAGAACUUCAAGAAAGACUAGUAUCUUCCCUCCUGGCACCAGGCUCCACUUACCGCAAAACGCCGGCUAACCUCAAGACCCCUCCUUACGUGACCAGCCAGCCAGUGAUAACGCGCCGCACACUAGAUUUUUUGCCUUCUCCGAGCCGGCAGCCCAAUUCAAAGAGUACAUUACGAUUUCUUGUACUGGCUACUGACGGGCUCUGGGACGAACUAUCCUCUGCAGAGGUGGUGUCGCUAGUUGGCGGUUAUCUUGAGGGCCGACGUGGAAAUGUUUCGAAGGCACAACUGGCCAACACUGUUAUCAUCUCUAAAUCGGCAGAAGGAGCCGGGAUCGAAGGGAAGGAUACAGCUAGCAAGGCUAAGCAAGGUUCGACAGAUGGAGAAUGGGCCUUUGUGGACGAAAACAUUGGCACUCACUUGAUUAGAAACGCCUUUGGUGGAGCGGAUAAGGAGAAAUUGAGUCAACUUUUGUCGAUCCCUUCGCCUUACUCCAGGAGAUACCGUGACGAUGUAACAGUGACAGUUGUUUGGUGGGAGCCUAAUGUACGAGAGGAACAAGACCGGAUCGUACCAAAACUAUGA